UUCCGGUUUCUCUCAUUUUCUGUGUGUGUGUGUGUGUCUUGUCUCCGUGUGUCUCGUUCAUUCUUGAGUGGUUCGGCGUUACUACAACAAUUCCACGCAGUCGGUUGAGUGCAGUGACGGUGUUCAGUUUUCUGCCGGUGUUUGUGCAUCUCGAAAAUCACAAGAAAAUAAUAAUAGCAAAAGAAAUCGAGAACUCGUUAAUUGUUUUUUUCAUUUUCCCAUCUAAUUUUGGAAGACGUUUCCAGUGGCGUAAGAAUUAAGUACCGUUCGAAAUUUCUUGAAAACAAGUUGUACCGCACAAUAAAACGGCCCGGAAUUCUUCACUCGCUUCCAAAAGUGAUCAAAUCCCCAAGCAAAGAAAUGAAGACGGCUGUUUGGUACACGUCGACAUUUCUCGUCAUCUUCAUUUACCUGUAUUGCUACCUUGUGCAGUUUAUCCGCGGUGCGGAAAUCCGGCCGCAACUACAUCUGCACCAGCCGUUGCUGCGCAACAGACUCGGAGGAGCGCAACCAUCGUCACACAUGGCAUCUCUUCCGCCUGUGAUUGUUGGCGCUCCUUCCCAUCAUCUCGGUUGGCCAUCAGCCGGAUCAAGCGCCGGAAAUCAGCAUCCGUCCUUGCAACGCCAUCUUCCUCCUUUACCGCCUCCUCCGCCUGCUUCGGUCUUCUCCGAUUAUUUGACGCCGGGGAACAUGGCAGUUUCAUCGUCCAUCUCGGUCUCAUCUUCCGUGUCAUCGGCUCCGGUUCAUCCGUCAGUGACGGCCGCUCCGCUGACACCCGCAACUCCCAAACCGUUGGAUUUCGGUUACCAUAAUUACGACAAUAUGACGGCCUGGUUGAAACACUUCAGUGCCUCCAAUCCAGAUCUAACGGCCCUUUAUUCAAUCGGCAAAUCCGUUCAAGGUCGCGAAUUGUGGGUAAUGGUGGUAUCGUCUUCUCCGUUCCAACACAUGAAAGGCAAGCCGGAUGUCAAGUACGUGGCAAACAUCCACGGUAACGAGGCCGUCAGCAGAGAAAUGGCUCUCCAUCUUAUCGAACAUUUGGUUAAAAACUACAGGGAAGACGCUUACAUCCGUUGGCUGCUGGAUCAAACGCGAAUUCACAUCUUGCCAAGUCUCAAUCCAGACGGAUUCGAAGUGGCUCGCGAGGGUACUUGCACCGGUGGUCAAGGAAGGUACAACGCCCGUGGUUUUGACUUGAAUCGAAACUUUCCCGAUUACUUCAAGCAGAACACUAAACGUGUACAACCGGAAACUGAAGCCUACAAAGAAUGGAUAGCUAAAAUUCAAUUCACCUUGUCCGCUGGACUUCACGCCGGUGCGUUGGUCGCAUCCUACCCCUUCGACAACACACCUAAUUCAGUUUACCAAGCGUUUGCUUCCACUCCGUCACAAACGCCGGACGAUGAUGUGUUCCAUCAUCUGGCCACGUUAUACGCCCGUAAUCACGCCACCAUGUAUCAAGGAGUGGCGUGCAAGCCCGGCUCACCUUCGUUCCCCAACGGGACGACCAACGGAGCGGCCUGGUACCCGCUGACGGGCGGAGCCCAGGAUUAUUCGUACGUCUGGACAGGCACGAUGGAAAUCACCGUUGAAAUGGCUUGCUGUAAAUAUCCUCCAGCUGCGGAAUUACCCGUCCACUGGAGCGAACAUCGGCAAGCGCUUAUCCGUUUCGUGGGUGAAGCUCAUCGUGGUGUACGAGGUUUCGUGACCGACGGUAAUGGCAGACCGUUAGAAAACGUCGCAAUGAAAAUCAAAGGUCGUGACGCUCCGUUCCAGACUACCAAACAUGGCGAAUAUUGGCGCAUUCUUUUGCCAGGUUACUACCGGAUUGAGGCGUACAAAGAAGGUUACGAACCGGUUGAAGAUGAUUUUAGCGUCACCGAUCAUCACGCCACGCAAGUCAAUCUGACUCUUUUCAAGCAGGUUGACUCUAAAAAUGGAUUUGGGACGUUAGAUGACGUCAGUAAUUACUAUUCCUUAUCGGCGAGUGAUGAACAACCAAAUAAACGACAUCCUAGCAUUUCAAAUAAACAGGACGUUCCCCAUCCUACGGGGCUCAGUGGACUCCUGAUCACGCUCAGAUCGCAGAUGGACAAUCUCUUUGCAAAUCUGUUCGGUUGAGGAAUCGAAUUGAAAAUGAGAAACAGUAAAAAUGCGGACAAAAAAUAUGAUUGACGGAGAAAUUCACGGAAGAGCGCAUCCUGUGACGGUCGGUUAUUUAGACCAUAGUGACGACGGAUGCAAAACCCACGCCUUUUUAUUUUAUUUAUUUUUGUAAGCCUCUUAAAAUUUUUUUGUUCUGGAUGGAUAGUCGUCUCUUCGCUAGGUAGCAGCGGAAGGAAAGGAAACAACCAUCGAUCAUUUCCGGUCUUCUUUCUUGUAUUGAAAUGGACUUGUCUACCAUUACGUAUAGAUUUUGUACUACAUUGUUUUUGUUUUGUUUUUUUUUCAAAAAUGAAAGUGUACUGUACAUAUGGAACUCCUUUCCCCAAAUGUUAUUUCCUUUAUUCCGAUUGUCUUCAAAAGCAAUCAUCGCUGUCUACCCCCAUCUCUACAACAACAUUCUUAUCGCACUACAACCACAAAAACUAUUUAUAUGCACAUUUGUCAUGAGCACACGUAUAUCUGUUACUUGUACUGAAGACAAGAAGAUGGAUCGAUAUCGAUGCAAGAAGAAAUAAAUAAAAACAAAAACCUAAAAGGAAAAAAA